AUGCCUCCGCUUCCGGAUCAAGGCCUCCGUUAUGUCAAACAAGGAAGAGUUGAAGAAACGAAUGUGUUUAUCUUUUCCCUCUAUCUCGAUCCGGCUUCAGGCUAUCUCGAUGAAAUUCAAAGGCCAAGCUGCGGCCUCGCACACGAAAUCGUGGCUAAAUUGAACGAGAUCGCCAAUACCAACGGCAAUCUGGUCAUCGUGGCAACCUCGCACAGCACAUCCUUUCUUUGCGAAACUUCAAAGACAUGCCCACUCGUCCGUUUCGUCAACGCGGGAGAAAUUAUUCAAAACGGCAGGAUCACCAAGAUUGGCCUGCCUCCCAAGUGGCCGUCCUUCCACGACAAGAUCAAAACAGAAUUUCAAAAUCAUGAGCGCUAUGAAGCUCAUAAAACCCUUUUUGACGAAAAGAUUGACUGGAAAGGCGAACCUCAUCUCUUUCACAUUUUCCCCAGAGAGGAGGUGCUGUUGAGUAGAGCCGAAUGGGAAAUCUUUCUCGAUGUGGUCGAGAAAGCCAGAUCAAAGGAGUGGAAAACAUCGGCGGCAUACGACUCGAUUGUCGUGCAGGCGAUACAUGAUGCGACGGAUCACGCCAUGUACGUGUUUCAUGACGAAGGAUAUGAUGUUGAUCCUGACGAACUGAGGACAUGGAAGAAUAAAUUGACGAACAGGAUCCGCUGGCCGCCCAGAUACCUGAAGUUGUUGUGUGACUGA